CAUAACCUUAUAUUAUGAUGUCCAGCAUUCCGUAAUAUUGUGGCGAUUGUGGGAAAAAAAACAGAGCCAGAUUUGCGCCGCGUAUACGAGUGUCGCGGCUGCCGUUCACCCUUUUGCGUUUGUAAUGUGAUAGGAAAUUGCGGGCGAGAUGGCUAACGAAGUGUUCGAUAUCGAGUUGCACGACGAGAUUUUCCAUGUUGAGGAGCAACCAUAUGAUACGUUCGACAGUGAUGAUGCUAUUGAAGUCGAGGAGGGCAUAUACGAUGCAGACCUCAAUGUCAAUGAGUUAAUCCCUUCGGGCGAUAUCGAAACGGUCCAGCUGAACGAGCACAUGGUCGACAGUCCGGAGAAGACGGGACCGCAGGACUUCGAGCUGCGCCGCGUGCUGGGCAAGGGCGGCUACGGCAAGGUGUUCCAGGUGCGCAAAGUCACCGGCAAGGACUCCGGCAAGAUAUUCGCCAUGAAGGUGCUGCGCAAGGCGUCGAUCGUGCGCAACCAGAAGGACACCGCCCACACCAAGGCCGAGAGGAACAUCCUCGAGGAAGUCAAGCACCCAUUCAUCGUCGACCUGAUCUACGCCUUCCAAACCGGCGGCAAGCUCUACCUGAUCCUGGAAUACUUGAGCGGUGGCGAGCUGUUCAUGCGUCUGGAACGCGAGGGCGUCUUCCUCGAGGACUCGGCCUGUUUCUAUCUGGCUGAAAUCACGUUGGCGUUGGAACAUUUGCACCAACAGGGAAUUAUCUACAGAGACCUGAAGCCCGAAAACAUCCUGCUCGACGGUCAGGGACACAUCAAGCUGACCGAUUUCGGGCUGUGUAAGGAGCACAUUCGGGAGGGCAUUUUAACGCACACGUUCUGCGGCACCAUCGAGUACAUGGCGCCGGAGAUCCUCACGAGGCACGGACACGGCAAGGAAGUCGACUGGUGGUCUCUGGGUGCUUUGCUUUAUGACAUGUUGACUGGAGCACCACCAUUCACGGCCGACAACAGGAAGAAAACGAUAGAAAAAAUCCUGAAGGGCAAACUGAUACUGCCGCCGUAUUUAACGAGCGACGCCCGCGAUUUAAUACGCAAACUGCUAAAGAGGCAAGUGACCGCGAGACUGGGGGCGGCGCCGGACGACGCUAAGGCCGUCAAGUCGCACAACUUCUUCAAGCUCAUCAACUGGGAGGACGUGUUGAGCAAAAAGUACGACGCACCGUUCAAACCGCCAUUGAAUGGCGACGACGAUGUGUCGCAGUUCGACAGCAAAUUCACGAGGCAAACGCCGGUCGAUUCGCCGGACGAGUCUACCCUCAGCGAAAGUGCCAACCUUAUUUUUCAGGGAUUCACCUACAUAGCACCCUCGGUGCUCGAGGACAUCUACCGGCCGCAGUCGCGACCCCAGAUACUGAGGGCGCGUUCGCCCCGCAAAAUGGGAGGCGUCCCGCUGCGCCAUUACUACGGCAUGAGCGCCACCCCCGCCUCGAACGGCAUGGACGCCGGCGUGAACGUGGGCGCGUCGACGUCGAGAUCGGGCAUCAACAUCGGCGGGGCCUCGUCGCGGGUGGUCAUCACGGGGAUGCCGCUGGCCCGGGGCAGCACGCCGUCCAGGCCGAUGAACGUGGACGCCGCCCAGGACGUGAGGAUGGGCGCCUCUGCAUCGUCGCACCUGUUGAAUAUCGGUGCCGGUUCGUCGCACCUCGGCCUUCCUCACCACCUGGGACCGUUCGCCAAUUCGACCGGCCACUUCGGCGUCCAUCAUCAGAACAACGAGGAAAUGAUGGAGCAGUCCAGCGACGGCAGCGGCACGCCCUCGAUAAACUUUAGUCAGCCGGUUUAUGUGCGAGCCAUGAAUAGAUGAAUGUGUGUACCUUGAUUCGUUUUCUUUUAGCCAAAUUUAGACCAAUUCACGAGACACCGCAACAGCGAACACUCAACUCGAUGCUCCAUUGGGUAAUUUCGUCCCCCCUAUUACCGAUUAAAUGAAUUCUCACACGUGCGAAAUUAUCAGUGGACUUUUGUGAGUGGUUGUUAACCUGUUUAGCUCAGGGUGACCCGUUUAUAAUGCAUUGAAAACCCCGACAGAGAGAGUCGUCGUGCCGUAGGGGUCGUUUAGAUCAAUUUUUUUAUUUUAUUGGAUAUAUCCAUUUUGUUGUUACCAUAGUUACAAAUCACUUAUUUAAUAUAGUAAUUAAUAUUUAUGAAACUUUUUUUUUACUCUAUUUUACCUCAUAAAAGCUCUAAUACUAUUAAGCAUUAAUUAAUAAGGGUUUUUUCUAUAUUAAUCAGUACAAAAUUUAUAUUAAACUAAGUGGUUUAGGUUUUAAAUCAAUCUUUUAGGCAUUUUAGGUUCUUGUUCCUUAGAUUAAUUUUCGUUUACCUUAUUUCAUGAGUUUUGGUGCAUUUAACAUUUAUAUUGUGUUCACUUGGACUUUUUGCUCAAUUUUUUACGUUUCUCGCUUUUGCCUAAAAGUUUGCUAAACGUGAGUUUGGUUUUAGAUUAAUAUUUAAUUGAUAUGUCUUUUUUUCAUCUACGUAUAUUAAAUUAAUUGCCUGACUGAUGAUGAUGAUGAUGAUAAUGAGGAAUGAUUAAGUAAACGAACGGAAUUUAUUUAAAUGCUAUUGUAUGAAUUGAAACUAAUGAAUUAUAUUGUUUACUUAAUUAUUUAAAUUUAUAUAAAUAUACAUUGUUUUUUUGUUAUUAUAGAAAUAAAUGUCUUAACGUUU